CCUCAGCCACAGGGCACUUGUUUUUCUUGUAUCCUACUCAAUACCCAUGAGUGCACCUAUUCUGCUGCAAAAUAGUUUUAUAAUGAAGGUGCACUCCCCAGACAGAUAACAUUUACAAUUGCUGCCGUGCUCCUCUGGGUCAAUAGCCCUUCCCAAUAGAUAACACACGUUGCACAGAUAGGAAUUAAAACUCAGGAAUUAAGAUGUUUGCUUGAGAAUCAUUUGUGUGAACGCAAACAUAAUUCUCUACCAAGAGGUCACCUGGUACAGCCUAUCAGUGUUGACACUAUAAAGAGCAGCAGGUGGGUGUUGUGUUUCACUGGCCGUUUCAGCAAUGAAUGUUACGCUCAAGGACAAGUGCUGCGCCUUCGAGUCUCCCACCCUGGACCGGGUUUUGCCUCCAAUUCUGAUCCUGGAGUUCAUGUUUGGACUGAUGGGGAACUUUGUCGCUCUGUGGAUGUUCAUCUUUCACAUGGACACCUGGAAGCCCAACUCUGUGUAUCUGACUCACCUGGCUGUCGCUGACUCCAUUGUGCUGUUCUGCCUGCCAUUCAGAGCAGACUACUACAGGCGUGGAAAAAACUGGCUUUAUGGCGAUGUCCUGUGUCGUAUCCUGCUCUUUCUGCUGGCAGCCAACCGUGCAGCGGGGAUCUUCUUCCUCACUGCCGUGGCAGUUGAUCGAUACUUCAAGAUCGUCCACCCAUUGAAUCAGAUCAACCGAAUGGGCCUGGGCUAUGCUCUCUGGGUCUCUCUCGGCAUCUGGUGUCUGAUAUUUCUUGCGACUGGUUACCUUCUGGCCAAUGAGCACUUUUUCUACAACAGCAACCGCACACAGUGUGAGAGUUUCAACAUCUGCCUGGGCUUCACCCCCCUCUCCACCUGGCACAAUACUUUCUAUGUCGUCCAGUUCUUCCUGCCUACUGUAAUCGUCGCCUUCUGCACAGUCAGAAUCACCUGGCAGCUGAAAAGCAGGACUGUGGACAAAAAGGGGAAAAUCAAGCGGGCUGUUCAGUUUGUGUUGGCUGUGGCGUUGAUCUUUAUUGUAUGUUUCUUUCCCAGCACUAUAUCGCGUAUUGCCGUAUGGGUCCUUAAGGUAUGGUAUGAUGAGUGCAAAUAUUUUGAGGAGGCCAACCUGGCAUUCUACACGUCGGUGUGUUUCACUUACUUCAAUAGCGUCCUCAACCCUGUGGUGUAUUAUUUCUCGAGCCCAGCCUUUAGUGGCGCCUUCAAAAUGAUCCUGAACAAACUGCUGAGACGGAGUAACAAUAUAGAUCAGACAGAUUCUUCUGAGAAUAACAUUUCCUCCAUUGAAGGGAGAAGGUAGUGAAGCCAGGUGCUGUUAUGUUCCCUUCUUACAUUGCAGGGAAUUUGAUCAGGUUUUAUUAUAGCAUAAUGCAGAUAUAAGUUAAAUAAAAUGUAGGAAUGGGUUAAGUUAUUAUAAACAAUUAAAAUUAUACAACCCCAAAGAAUUAGCUGCUUGUUGCAGUGUUUGUAAUUUUAUAACAAUCCCUUAUGAGUGUGGUUGCAGUGUGUAAGUAAGUUAAUUAUGAACCAUUCACAAUGAAUAAUCUCUAUUUGCAGAUUAGCUAUUGUUAAAUAUUUACUGCAAAUGAUUGUAAAUGUUACAUCUGUUACGUGAGCGAUCUUCUGUUGUGGUUUUUCAACAUUAAGGUAGUUAACAAAAUCCUUUACUUUGUCAGUCACUUCAACUUUAAACAGCAAAGCCUGGCUAUCUGCCAGGAAAAUAAUAUUUACAGUACAAAUCAGAUGAACAGCCAGAGGCAUGUUUAGAUUUCUUCAGUGAUAUCGGUAAACUGUUGAGGAAAACACACUCCACGGGUUGGUUUGUGAAUCAACGAGGAAAGAAAGCAUAUAUCAUUAUACAUCGUUUUGAAAUGGCAAAUGUCAGUCUGUGCACAUUUUAUUUUCCUGUCUUUGUAUCCUGACACAUUCUGCCUGGUUUUCAAUAAAUAAGUUAAACAUUAGGAAUAUGAAUAAACUUUACAGUACGUUUUUGCCAUAUUCCGUUGGUUAUGUUGUGAUGGCUGUUCGGACUAAAGAAGUUGUGUAUAUCAUUAUGCAUUUAGUAUUGUUAUUGAUUUUGCAAAGAAACAGACACAUGGCGACAGAAAGGUCUUCACAUGACUUCUUGGUCACAGACCCUUCAGCAAUACAUAACAGUGGUGAGAAAUUGAGUCAUCAAUAAAAUGAAAAGAAAUGUGCGACAGGAGCAUUUUGGCCUCUCCUGAAAGCUUAGCCAAAAAGAUCCCAGGAAGAGAUCCCAUCUUCCAAACCCACCUUUUAAUCUAUUAGGCCUACACCUACAGUGGAUGCUGUUUCUAUCAUUUUAUCUAUCUAGUCCUUUCAAUGGCUCAUUAAUUAAACCCACUAUAAUAAUGAAACUAAAAAUGUACAUUUUGAUAUAUUUGGUAUGAAGUUCUGUCCCCUAACAAACAUAAUACACGAAUCAGAGGGUUUGCUGAACCACCACCAAUAAUCCAGGACUGUCGUAACUAAAUAAAUUAAAUCAUUUGUGCAUGUUGUCAUUUUAAUUCAAAAUGUCCUUUUGUUUAUAUUCUUCCCGUGUUACUCAACAAAGGAAUUGUUUGGACAAAGGAGAUGUAUACUUGAAAUGUUCCAACUUUGUAACAUUCUUUUUUGUGACUGAGUCAGUCUGCUGACACAUCGUACUAUAUGAGCUUUGGAUCAACUUUGUAAUUGAGGGUUUUAAUUUAGUGUAAAUAAAUAAAUCCAAUAAGAUA